CUCUUCAAUUGGAUGCUGCCGCUGCCGGCGGAACUUCGCGUUGUGCCAUCCGUGCCCAGCUGGUUCGAAGGGAGACGGGAGCGAUGCAAUCAUCAUCAAGCACUCGCACUCCAUCACUUGCGCCCUAGAGUACCGCCACUCCACGUUAUUCAGCAAUUUACAGUCGCACUGACUUGCUGAAAUUGCAGCGCCUUUUCUCCUCCUUGUUGCUCCGCAAUACUCUGUUUACUUCAUAAUCCUCUCUGAUGCUUCGUCACUAGUCAGUGACGUGCAGUCGUCCCCACAGCCUUGGAAGUUCCCUCGUGGUGUUGGCUACGGUCACAGGUGCUGAAUCCAAGGAAGAGGGCAACCAGAGGACCUGGCAGGACGUCUCAAACCCCGACUUCCUUACUCUGCGCUGUAUGCGACCAGCUAAAUUCCUCGACAUUGCAGUCCUAGAGCCGGUGGACUCAACAACAUGCCGUUGAGACUGACCAUCGAGAAUGGCCAAUUCCAAGAUGGUUAUGGAAGACAGGUUACCCUCCGGGGCAUUAAUGUGGCGGGAGAUGCAAAGUAUCCCAGCAAUCCAGAUCAGCCCUCUCAUAUCCCGCUGGACUUCUUCGAUGGAGAUACGGUCAACUUUCGCUCCCGUCCAUUCCCUCUCGAAGAUGCGCACCUCCAUUUUUCUCGACUGAAGCGCUGGGGCUACAAUACCAUACGUUAUGUCUUUACUUGGGAAGCUAUCGAGGCGGCAGGGCCGGGGAUAUACGAUGAAGAAUGGAUUCAGCAUACUAUUGAGAUUCUCCGGCUGGGAAGAAACUAUGGGUUCUAUAUAUUCAUGGAUCCACAUCAGGACGUUUGGUCGAGGUUCUCAGGCGGAUCUGGAGCUCCAAUGUGGACAUUGUAUGCAUGUGGACUGAAUCCCCAAAGCUUCGCUGCCACAGAAGCUGCACUUGUACACAAUACCUACCCCGAGCCCGAAAAGUUCCCCAAAAUGAUAUGGUCGACGAAUUACACGCGGAUGGUAUGCCAGGUUAUAUUUACUCUUUUCUUUGCUGGGAAAGACUUUGCGCCGAAGUGCAUUAUCGAUGGGAAGAAUAUUCAAGACUUUCUGCAAGAUCACUUUAUCGGUGCUCUUGCGCACCUGGCUAAGCGGAUACACGAAGCUGGAGACUUGGAGGAUGAAGUUGUCAUUGGAUGGGAGAGCAUGAACGAGCCGAAUCGCGGGCUAGUGGGCUGGCAAGAUAUCACUGUAAUCCCAAGUGAACAGAAGCUGCAGAAGGGUACAUCACCAACAGCCUGGCAAGCUAUCUUGACCGGAUCUGGAAGGGCAUGCGAGAUAGACACCUGGGACUUCGGAGGCAUGGGACCAUACAAGUCUGGAAGAGUUCUGGUCGAUCCGCAAGGGGAAAGUGCAUGGCUUCCGGCUGAUUAUGAUGAGUCCAGGUACUCAUACAAACGGGAUCCUGGAUGGAAAUUGGGAGUGUGUAUCUGGGCUCAGCAUGGAGUCUGGGAUCCAAGCACCGAUACUCUCCUGAAGAAAGACUACUUCAAGAAAAACUCGAAAGGAGAAGUACUCGAUUAUGAAGUGUUCACCAACACGUAUUGGAUGGACUAUUACCGGAAGCACAGGGAUGCUAUUCGAAGCCAUCACAAAGACUGUAUUUUGUUUUGUCAACCUCCGACAUUGGAAAUUCCCCCCAGCAUCAAGGGUACCCCAGAUGAUGACCCGAAGAUGGUCUACGCGCCUCACUACUAUGAUGGUCUAACCCUGAUGACAAAAAAGUGGAAUCGUUAUUGGAAUGUUGAUGUCCUCGGUGUCUUGCGGGGAAGAUAUAUGAGCCCGGCUUUCGCUGUGAAGAUUGGAGAAACCGCAAUUCGGAACUGCUUCAGGGAUCAAUUGUCCGCUAUCAGACAGGAAGGAGUAGACUACAUGGGCAACCACCCAUGUGUCUUGACUGAAUUCGGUAUUCCGUACGAUAUGGACGACAAGUACGCUUACAAGACCGGAGACUACUCUAGUCAGUCCGGUGCUAUGGAUGCCAACCAUUUUGCCGUCGAGAAUAGCUCCAUGGCUGGUUAUACUUUGUGGCUGUACAUGUGCGAGAAUAAACAUCAUCUGGGUGAUCAAUGGAACGGAGAAGACUUAUCAAUCUUUUCUUUGGAUGAUCAACCUCUCCCAUUAUCACCAAUUCCUCCUACGCCAUCGAAUGGAUCAACGACUAGUCUGGUCCAAAAAUCUGGUCCCCUGUCAAAGAAAGCCUUCUCCGAUGAGUCGACUAUCAACCCUGGCAACCUGAAAGACAAACUUAAAACGCCUUCAAUCUCUUCAGAAGCAAAGGCGUCGGAUGCGCCCCCCGAGCUUACGAACGCGCCUGGCUAUAGAGCUGCGGAGGCAUAUUUACGCCCCUCCCCUAUCUCGACAGUCGGGAGGAUCAUAAAGUCGGGAUUCGACUUGCGAAAUUGUAUCUUUACAUUCACACUUCAUGCUCAUACACCUAGCACGGAAGAGAAACCAACCGAGAUUUUCUUGCCAGAGUUCCACUUUCCCAAAGACAAGUGCGAGAUCGUAGUUUCAGCGGGAAAAUGGACCAUCAGUACAGAUGACGAAGAUGGAGGAUUGAUCCAGAAGUUGAGAUGGUGGCACGUGGAGGGCGAACAUAGUAUCAAGGUCACUGGUGUUCAGCGAAGACAGAACAUGGCCCUGGGUAGAGAGGAGGAAGAAGGUUACUUGGAUCAAUGCCAGCAGAGCAAAUGCUCUAUGAUGUAGAUCAUGAGAUUAUGACACGGUGUAUCAGCAGGCUUUACAUGUGGCAGGUUUGAGCACAUACUUUUGAUUAACAAAUGGCGGAUUUUUUUUGCAAGGAGUUUGGCCUACCAGGAUUGCGCUACUGAGCGGUUGGAUUGGCUUGGUUGUACAUUCAUAUUCUUGAGCCUCAGACAGUCUCGAGAAAAACAUUUAUUUAUCCAACCUCAACUGCGAUCUAUCGUGAUUAAGGGGCCGACACAAAUCCUUCUAAAUACUUGCGCAUGCCGUGUA